GCCGGCGCUGCCUCUCAUAACCGGCCACGUCUGCAUCGCUGUCUGUCUCUCCGUAAUAGGCCUCGCUCCCUGGUGGGGAUGUCAAGCCGCUGGUCAGGGAGGAGCGACUGCGGUGGACCUCGCGGACAGGAGCGUGCCAUGAGGAGCCAUGUGGGAGUUUGUAGGAAUGUAUCAACCUACCGCGAAAAGGGAAAGCUCCCCAAUCUUUCGUCAACAUUCACCUCAGUCAACUUGAUGCUUCUCAAGGAGCCACUCCUUUUUUUUCUUCACCCUCAAAUGCCUCUUAAAUUUACAAAACCAAGAAAAUAAAGAGAACGAGCUAAAUGAAACAGGAAAACUCAAAAUCCUAGGAUAUAUUUGACUUUUCCAUGAAGAUGAAGGGAGUUAUCUGCUCUGAGCUUUUCCUGGUGGUGGGUAUGAUCUUGCUGAACGGUCGUGGUUCCUUGUGUGAACACAAGUCAAUAAAUGGAAGUCUGGACCCAAAGGAGGCAGGAAGCUCCAAGCCUCACAUCAUCUUUAUUAUGGUGGACGAUCAAGGGUAUGCAGACAUUGGAUAUCACGGCUCGGACGUCCACACUCCUGCGUUGGACAAACUGGCAGCAGAAGGAGUCAAACUUGAAAAUUACUAUGUCCAACCCAUCUGUUCACCUUCUCGCAGUCAACUCAUGACUGGACGCUACCAAAUUCACACUGGACUUCAACAUUCAAUCAUUCGGCCGCGCCAGCCUCUCUGUCUGCCUCCAGACAUCCCCACCCUACCUGAGUGUCUGGUUAAAGCUGGAUAUCGCACACACAUGGUAGGUAAAUGGCACCUGGGAUUCUGCAGGCCAAGCUGCCUGCCCACGAGGCGUGGCUUCCAGAGUUUCCUUGGAACUUUAACUGGCAGUGGAGACCACUUCUCCUAUCAGAGCUGCGACGGUGCUGAAGCUUGUGGAUUUGACUUGCAUGAUGGUAGCCGACCUGCUUGGGAAAUGAGCGGAAACUACUCCACUCUGCUCUAUAUAGAAAGAGUGAAGCAGAUCCUGAGGAACCAUGACCCAAACACACCGCUCUUCCUCUAUCUGUCCCUUCAGGCAGCCCACACCCCGCUCCAGGUACCUGCUCAUUUCCUGAACUCAUAUGAGUCUCAAACCAACCGCCACAGGCGGCAUUAUGCAGCCAUGUUGAGUUGCCUGGAUGACGGAGUUGCUCAAGUUGUCAAGGAAUUGAAGACUACUGGACUUUAUGAAAAGUCUAUAUUGGUUUAUUCCUCUGACAACGGUGGGCAGCCAUUGUCAGGAGGGAGCAACUGGCCUCUCCGAGGAGGAAAAGGAUCCUACUGGGAAGGGGGUAUCCGAGCAGUUGGUUUUGUGCAUAGUCCUCUCCUGAAGAAGAAAGGUGUCAUCAGCAAAGAAAUGAUUCAUGUCUCUGACUGGUACCCCACGUUAUUGGGACUUGCUGGUGCCUUGCAGUCCCACAAGGGUCUUGAUGGACACGAUGUCUGGAAAAGUAUCAGUCAAGGCUCACCCAGUCCUCGCACUGAGAUCCUGUUUAAUAUUGACCCCGUUUCAAGGAGACCCGGAGAGCCCUACGAAAAAGCACUGGUUCUCAAUGGCUUUGGGAUCUGGGACACAGCUGUAAGGGCCGCAUUAAGAGUCGGAGAUUGGAAGCUUUUGACAGGAAAUGUGGGGGAUGGUGACUGGAUACCACUGCAGUCGCUCACAGGUGGUCCAGAGCGGUGGCAGAAACUCGAAAAGCGACGCAAUAAAUUGGGGAAAUCGGUUUGGCUCUUUAAUAUCAGUGGAGACCCCUACGAGAGGUCUGACCUCGCAGAGGUUCGCCCAGAAGUGGUGAAACGUCUACUCAAGAGGUUGGCCAAAUACAACCAGACAGCGGUAGUAGCCAACAAUCCACCAGAUGAUCCAAUGGCUGACCCAGAGCUUCAUGGAGGGGUGUGGAGUCCCUGGCUGGGUCUGGAAGGACAAGAGGGAAAUACAGAAGAAAACAGUGCAAGAAAAGUAAAGGCAAUAAAGAUCAAGCACUGCAAAUUGUGCAAAUUAAAAGCCCUCUUUAAGAAAGUGGGGUCUCGUCUGCAGAGGAAUAAUCUAUUCUAAAUUCUUCUUAAAACAAAGGCUUUAGGAGAAUUAAAAUGUGUAGAAUGCUGUCCAUAUUUUUAAACUGUUUUUGACUUCUGUACUAAAAUACUCAAAAUAGUUUGAAAAAGCAAAAGAGGAACAUGACAUAACACGCAAUUGUUAAGGUAUUUGAUAGUCAUGGUAUUACUCCAUGCAAAUAAAAAAAACAUGCAAGACAGACAGAAAACAUGCUUACAUAUUUCUAAAGAUUAGUAACUAAACACGCAGCCAGAUAGAUAAAGCAGUGGCAGACUGACUCACUUCCUGUCCUGUGGUCAAAAUGCUGCACAGAGAUUGUUUGUCACUGCUUUACUGAACAACAAACGAUCAACGAUACUAUGGUUGCACACAGCAAAAACAAUGUGGAGGCAAGGCCUGAAGUGAGAUCUCAGUGUCUCAUCUUCUAACCAUCCAGCAUGACCCUUUCUGGAUGGAACACAGACCCCCACUGGGAGUCCUAUGUCGCCUUACUCAUUGGACCCCAUUGCCCUAGAAAGAUCUCUGACCAACACACAAUGUUCCCUCCCUGGAGCGCUGACAAACCGGGCAAGGAUGAAACUGUUUGUUUUCUGGACAUCUACAGGCUGUCAUGCUAUUACUAGAAGCACAAACAUGUAUUCAUGUGAAUAAAAUUAUAAAUUACUGCUAUUGUGAUAUUAUUACUUCAUAAAAGCAGAAGAUGUAAUAUUAUACAUGCAAAGUUGAAUUAAAACAUCAUCUAUAUAAACAUUUGAUGAUAGUUAUUUUUUGAUACCUCAAGUGCUAUAAAAUGUGUGGAUGAGAUCAAUAAAAAUGCAAAGACAUUUGUCAUCAGAAUUUAAUAUCAAUAAGAUUAUAUGUCUAUAUUUUUUUUUCAUUUUGAAAGAUUAUCUCUCGUAAAUGUAGGUUUGCUUCACUUUUACGAGCUGUCGAUCUGUCUGAGUGCAUCAUGUCUUUACCCAAAGAUAGCUAAAGGUUUCAGCCGGCAACAUGACUAUAAUUAUGGGGAAGUGAGUGUAGGAACUUGAUGCCUCCCACAGUUCGCAUUAAAUGAAAUGAAGACAUAACCUGAAAAUAACUUUACCUAAUUUAGACUGCAAACAAAAAUGGUUACAUCCACCCUUUGUUAUUCUAAAACACAAACCUUGGAAGGUUUUUUUUUUCAGUUUGAAAAAGGUGUUUUUAGACCCUAUAGAUAAAGCAAUAUUAGUAGAAUGAAGUUGGUUGUAAUUAAAUUUUCUCUCUUAAAUUUAAUAAAAUUAAUUCCUAGUUGAAAGCUUAUAAAAAAAGUCAGUUCCGUGUUAAUGUGUCGAAGAACUUUAUUUCAAACUACUGAUAUCUUGGAGUGUAUUUAGACUGGACAGAUUUGGUUUGCUUAACCUUAGUCUUGUGUUAGGGUCGGCUCCGACCCGUUUUAGUUUUUAAUUGCAUAAAAGAAUCACUUAAAAUGUAUUAAUUCCAUCAAGGCUUUUUUUUUUAACUUUGUCAGGAACCAUGAUUUCAACAGAAUUCAAUUUUUAAAUU